GAUGAAAUAUUAAUAAAAGCAGUAACACUACAUAAUCAAAAGAAUUGGAAAAAAAUUGCAGAACACUUUCCAGACCGUACAGAUGUUCAAUGUCAUCACAGAUACCAAAAAGUACUUCAUCCAAAUUUAGUAAAAGGUGCAUGGACCAAAGAGGAGGAUGAAAAAGUUAUUGAAUUAGUUAAAGAAUAUGGACCAAAGAAAUGGUCAAGUAUAGCAUUACAUCUUAAAGGAAGAAUGGGUAAACAGUGUCGUGAACGUUGGCAUAAUCAUCUCAACCCAAAUAUCAAAAAAGAAGCUUGGACCGAAGAGGAAGAUAAUUUAAUCAGAGAACAGCAUGCAAUUCAUGGUAAUAAAUGGGCUGAAAUCGCCAAACAUUUACCAGGUAGGACCGAUAAUGCAAUUAAAAACCAUUGGAACUCCUCAAUGAAAAGAAGCACUUUAGCAAAACAGCAGGCUUUACAACCAUCAUCACCAUCACCAUCAUCCUCAUUCUCCUCGUCUUCA